AUGCCUUCUGGACCCCAGCCCGUCGCCUUCGCUUUCCACGCCUGUCGCCUUCACUUCCCCUCCCCCGUCACCUUCACUUCCCCUCCCCCCGUCGCCUUCACUUCCCCCCACCCCGUCGCGCAACAUUCCCCCUCCCGUCGCCUUUCCCGCCCGUCGCCUUCGCUUCUCCCGCCCGUCGCCUUCCCUUCCUCUACCCAUCGCUCUCGCUUCCCCCGCCCGUCGCACUCUCUUCCCCUGCCCGUCGCACUCGCUUCCCCCGCCCGUCGCACUCGCUUCCCCGCCCGUCGCACUCGCUUCCCCGCCCGUCGCACUCACUUCUUGGCCCGCGCUUCCCCCGCCCGUCGCUCUCGCUUCCCCCGCCCGUCGCACUCGCUUCCCCCGCCCGUCGCACUCGCUUCCCGCCAGUCGCACUCGCUUCCCCGCCCGCGCUUCCCCCGCCCGUCGCACUCGCUUCCCCCGCCCGUCGCACUCGCUUCCCGCCCGUCGCCACCACUACCCCUCCCAUUGCCGUUCACUCUCUCCAUCUCACGCUCUCCCCCUCGCUCACUCGCUUGCCCACCCGCAAUCUCUUCUCUCCUGCUCACUCCCCUCCCCCCUGCUCACUCUCUUCCCCCCUGCGCACUGCACACUCUCUUCCCACCCCCCUCACUCUCUUCCCCCCUGCGCACUGCACACUCUCUUCCCACCCCCCACACUCUCUUCUCCCCUGCGCACUGCACACUCUCUUCCCACCCCCCACACUCUCUUCUCCCCUGCGCACUGCACACUCUCUUCCCACCCCCCACACUCUCUUCUCCCCUGCGCACUGCACACUCUCUUCCCACCCCCCUCACUCUCUUCCCCCCUGCGCACUGCACACUCUCUUCCCACCCCCCUUACUCUCUUCCCCCCUACGCACUGCACACUCUCUUCCCACCCCCCUCACUCUCUUCCCGCCCGUCGCACUGCACACUCUCUUCCCACCCCCCUCACUCUCUUCCCCCCUGCGCACUGCACACUCUCUUCCCACCCCCCUUACUCUCUUCCCCCCUACGCACUGCACACUCUCUUCCCACCCCCCUCACUCUCUUCCCGCCCAUCGCACUGCACACUCUCUUCCCACCCCCCACACUCUCUUCUCCCCUGCGCACUGCACACUCUCUUCCCAACCCCCUCACUCUCUUCUCCCCCAUCCGUCUUCACUCUCUUUCCCCUUUUUUUCUCACCCCUCUGCCCCGUCCACAUCCAACCCUCGCUUAUCUGCCAUACCCCCUCUUCCAUCCCCGUUCUAUCACAGAACCAUGCUUGGACAGGCGAGAAGUGUACAGGCGUGGAAGGGAAAGGGGGGAUGGGAGAAUGUGA